CAACGCCUCGCACGCAACUCAGAAUUGCACGCAACAGCCGCCAGACACCUUUUUUCUUAGUUUCCAUACGACAUUGUGCAGUCGCGCCCCGCCCCAGACCCGAGGCAAAUCUCCCCCAUCUCUUGGUCAACGGCCCGCCUACCCAAUGGACCAAUUGCCACACCCGCCGUUCCGGUCCGCAUCGCUGGCGCUGACCCCCACAGUGAGCCUGUCGCUGACCAGCAUUUCGCGCGUGGCGCUGGGCCCGAUUAUGCUCAACAUGUCGAUGAACAAGACGUCUCUGGCCGAGGACCACAUGUUCUAUAAGUCGCGCGUGUUGAUUGAGCGGCUCUCGACAAUCCAGGGUAUGCCACCGUAUAUUAUGUUGGCGCACGCGGCGGCCGAGCGCUGUGCUGAACAGCAGGCGCUUGCGUUCUCACAGCAGCUCCAGCAGAGCGAUGGCUCGCCCACAGCAUUUCGCUCGUCCGUCGGCUCCGGUGGCUUCUCCAUGUACCUGGACACCCUGGCACUGUCAUAUCCAAAUACAGGCGCGCUGCUGUCCAACAAUCUCUUCACGUUCACUGCGGGCGUUCUUCCCGCAAACUUGAGCCUGGAUCCCGCCACGCAGCUCUGGAAACUCUUCCAACAGGGUGCACCGCUCUGUUUAAUAUUCAACGCCAUAGACCCGGCACAUUCAAUUCCCGUGCAAGCGGGAGACGAUUUACGCAUGUGCAAGAAAGCCGUUUACGACUUUGUCGUGGCGGUCAAGACCCACUUGGCAGUGGAUGACGACGCCAUGUUCACCAUUUCUAACGUCUUUUCGGACAACACUCACGAUUUACUCAAAAUCAUUGACUUUGUUUCUGCUUUGCUAGAUCAGCACAAAGUGCCUGGUCCAGACGCCUUUCCUGAGAACGUUUCCCAACAGCUCACAGAACUCAAGGUCUCCGAUGACCGCUCUAAGGUGUUUAAAGAAUUGAUUCAAACUGAACGCAAGUACAUUCUGGACUUAGAGCUACUAUUACAGUACCGCAACGAGCUUCAGGCAGCUGACGUCUUGUCAUCCGAGCAGCUUCAUGUGCUCUUUCCCAACCUCAGUGAUGUCAUCGACUUCCACAGACGUUUUCUCUGCGGGUUUGAAUGCAAUAUAGAUGUUCCUACGAAGUACCAGCGUAUUGGCUCUGUCUUCCUUCAUGCCUCCAAUGGUCCGUUUAGGGCGUAUGAGCCCUGGACGAUUGGUCAGGUCGGCGCUAUCGACCUAAUCAAUCGUGAGGCGAGUAAUCUCAAAAAGGCUUCUACAUUGAUUGACCCAGGCUUUGAGUUACAAUCAUACAUCAUUAAGCCCAUUCAACGUCUAUGCAAAUAUCCGCUUUUGCUAAAGGAGUUAAUUAAGGCCUUCUCCGAUCCCUCAGAUGCUGCAUAUUACAAUGAGCUUCUUUUGGCUCAGACCGCCAUGAAAGACGUGGCUAAUCAAGUGAAUGAAGCCCAAAGAAGGUCCGAGAAUGUUGGGUUAUUACAAAACCUUAUUGAGAGAGUCAAAGAUUGGAGAGGCUUUAACUUUCGAGAACAAGGUGACCUCUUGUACCAUAGUGUCGUGAGCAUCAAAGAUGGCGAAAGUGAAAAGGAUUACGUGGCAUAUCUUUUUGAAAGGAUCAUUUUUUUCUUCAUCGAGACCAACCCCGCCGAUAAGCAAAAGGAUAAAAAGAAGAGAGAUUUAUUGACAUCCAGAAAAAAAUCCGGCAGCAAUGUGUCUGGGUCUACAGCCAAUCUUUUAGAGUCUUUGAAUGGUGUGAGAGAAAAUACAACACUCGAGUUGAAAGGAAGAGUUUACAUCUCUGAGAUUUACAACAUUUCCUCUGCAAACUUGAACGGCUACACUUUGGUGAUAUCGUGGUCAGGCAAGAAGGAAAGCGGUUCUUUUGUAUUGAGGUACCGGACUGAGGAACCAAGGAACCAAUGGGAAAAUUGCUUAAGACAUUUAAAAACCAAUGAGAUGAACAACCAGUUGCAGCGCAAGCUAAGAGACUCUCGAGGAUCGCUUGGUACAAACUACUCUUUUGACACAAAUUCUCAAAGUCAUUUCAAUGGACAAUAUCCACAACACGCGGAAUCACCUUCCAGCAGAGGGCAUGAUCAUGAACAGAGGCAUAUUUCAUCAUCAUCUACCUUCAGUAUGAUGAGAAUGAGCAAGAAUAGCGCGGGUUCUAGCACGGGGCCUAGCCAUGGCGACUCAACGGCAGCAACAUCUUUGAGCCCUCUGAUCGCUAUCAAAAUUGUGUAUCAAAAGAGUGAGAUUUCCGAGCCAUUGCAAGUUACACAAAAUAUGUCGUUUCGUGAGCUACAUCAAAAAGUCGCCUCGUACGUCUCAUCGAGUCCGGGUGUUGUCGAUGAUGUAAUCAUCAACAAGCUUAGGUACAAAGACGAGGAAGGAGACUUUGUUGUGAUGAGCUCAAGUGACGACUGGCAGCUAGCACUUGACAUGGUGGAAGAGCUCGUAGAAGAAAAUGGUUCUGAGCGCACGUUGAGUAUUUGGGUGUCGUGAGGAUGGUGAGUAAGACGGGUGCUACGAAGUGUGAAGUGAGAAAAGGCUGGCAGAUGGGCGUGAUGAUAUGGCUAACGCAUAUUAAAAUGCUUUUGCAUAAAUAGUGAGGGGCACAAAGUCAGGUUUGACGUUGUCUGAGCAGCCUGGGUCAAAGUGACAGAAAUUGUGCGUUGUGCUAAUCGAGAAAGUUCGUUGCAGACGUGGCACGUUUACUUGCGGUGACCGCGCGCUGUGUUAUUUUCUCACAGCUGACUGUCUUAUCAUCAUCGCGAUUUUUAUUGGCGCACCAGCUCACUUUUUUUCAGCUG